AUGUUUAAAUUAGUUUCAAAAUCAUUAAGAUUUAUCCGUCGUCGUUCAAUGGCUUCUUCAAUCGUUAAAGCAUCUCCAUUUAAGGCUAAGAUUACUUCAAUUGAACCUCUUGAACAAGGAAAAUGGAUUCAAACAAGAAAAAUCAAUUAUCAAGACCCUGAUGGUAAAGAUCGGGAAUGGGAAAUGGCAGUAAGGGUAACUAGAAGUGAAACAACUAAUAUUGAUGCAGUAUCUAUUGUGUCUGUAUUACAUAGUGAAACAAAACCAAAACAAAUUGUUCUUGUUAAACAAUUUCGUCCACCUACUGAAAAGGUUAUAAUUGAAUUACCAGCAGGAUUAAUUGAUCCUCAUGAAACAAUUGAAUCUACUGCUGUUAGAGAAUUAAUUGAAGAAACUGGAUAUCAUGGUACCUUUAGAAAGAAGUCUAGAGUAAUGUUUAGUGAUCCAGGAUUAACUAAUGCCAAUAUGGUUUUAGCAUACGUUGAUGUUGAUUUAAAUGAUCCAAAGAAUCAAAAUCCUCAACCUCAAUUAGAACCUGGGGAAUAUAUAAUUACAUUUACUUUACCUUUAGAUAAUUUAUUAGAAGAAUUGGAAACAAUAAUGAAACAAGAAGAUUGUAAUGUUGAUGCGAGAUUGUAUCAUUUUGCUGUUGGUUUAGAAUUAGCAAAACAAUAUUUGUAA